UGAGUGCUUAGAUAGCGUUAUACAGGUCUAACAGGUCUCAUAGAACUGGACGAUUCUGACUCUUGACGUUUAAAGCUGCCUGCCGCUCUCCAAGGAUAUUAUGGCCAGUGCAUAACUCUCAUGCAGCCUUGUAACUACUUACCCUGCACAGCAACAGCAUGUCGCAGGACAUCACAAUUUUCCGCGGCGACUUAUGAACUCAAACGGUCAAAAGCUCCGUCCUUCCGACUCCUCCACUCACGUCGUCCGUUGAACAAUGGGAUGGAACGUCGUCGUUGCAAUCGGGCCCUCAUCACAAUCCCCGGUGGUAGAACGGAGGCGCCAAUGAAGGAGUUCCCCGCGCAUCGUCAAGCGAGUGCCAUGGGGGGCGUUAACCCUCCGCUCGUGCGCCGCUGCUGGGCCGACUGCGCGGCGUGCGCCUGCGACCGCGGGAGAAACCACGCUCUCCGCGGAGACGACCGGUGGACGCCGGGCGAGCCGCAUCGAGUGCCGAGCGCGGAUUUGCAAGAGCGCGUGGCGCCGGGGAACAGGGUGCUGCCCGGAAUGCCGUACCUCGCGCUGUGCGCUGUGUGCAUCUUGCUCUGCGUCCCAUACCCUUCGCUCAAGUCACGAGUCUCGCCGUCGAGCAGGUGCUGCCCUGGACUGGAUGAAGACACGGGGCCGGCGCUUGGAGGCAGCGGGCAACACUCGGGUGAUGGUGACGCAGUGCCAGAGGCCGAGGAGCAGGUGCCCAUGGGAGGGCCUUUGAACACAAAGCCGGACUUGCAAAUGAAUGCACGUUUGGAUAACAAGAAUGCAAAUAAUCCUUAUACUGGUGAAGCGCAAGUGUUUAUCCAUGAUGAGGAUGAAAAUCAGGAGUCGCAGAAGUCAUCGUAUGAUGGUGCAAUGCACAGUGAAUCCAACGCAUCAGAGACUCUGGUCUCGGGCGACAAUUUGCAACACACCUCGGAAGGUGGCCAGUCCGAGCCAGUGUCUGUCCAUCCUACCUCAUCCCCACACCCGACAGAAGACAGUGCAAUAGAGAAACUUGGGAUGACGAGCACCCUGGGAUAUGGAGACUCGCCAGCCACUCAACCGUCCACUGUCGAGUGCAAUGGUGCAGGGGAGGAGGGCAGCCCGGAGGUCGUGCUCCCAUCUCCACCCAUCCCUCCCAAGAUUUUCGACAGCUCCAGCAGGGAAACUGAAAUGCCCCCCGAUGCCCCACGGAUCGAGGAUAAACCCCGCUCAGAGGACCCAACAGACCACGUGGAGGGGCCGGAGAAGGAGCUGCCACCAGUUCUGGCCACGCAUGAAGAGAAGCCCCUGGUAGCGUCCGUUCAGCUGGAGGUGGCACCUGAAGCCAAGCUUGAUGGCACGAAGGCUGAAGAGGAGCCCCGCCGUGCCGACGCGAGCACUCCUCCGUUCAAAGACGAUCGGCUGGCCCCCAAGGACGCAGAGAGCGAAGAUGGCGAGGAGACAGCGGCGGGCGACGAAAAAGAGGUCGCUCCCGCAGCAGAGGAAGGAGAGCCAGCGACCCCCACGGAGGGCAGCAGCGCCGCCACCACCCAGCACGUCGGCGACCCUGCAGGACACGCACCCCGGCCCCCACGAAGACAUCCCCUCCUUCGACGAGUGGAAGAAGAAAGUGAUGGAGGAGGAGAAAGAGAAGCAAAGUCAAACCUUACAAAGCGUUGACAGUAGCCUCCACCAAGUGAGAAAGACCCAGAAAAAUCUCAACAACUACGCGUCUGUGGAGUGCGGAGCGAAAAUUCUUGCAACAAACCCUGAGGCUAAGAGCACUUCGGCAAUAUUGAUGGAAAACAUGGACCACUACAUGCUCAACCCAUGCAGUGCCAAAAUAUG